ACUUCCUGGUUGUGGCUGUCAGACACCAGCCACGGUUCGGGACAGCAACCGAUGUCCUUUGUCGUCGCCCUGCGAGUUUUAAUCGGCCACAAAACAAGAAGUCCUGGACGAUGGCGUUCAGGAAGGCUCUGAAGCAGACGGCCGUCAUCGGCGGCGGGGCGGUCGCCACAGUUUUCGGCCUCUCACAGCUGAUCGAGUACAGGAAGACACAGACUCGGUUGGCCCACGUCGCAGCAGAAGCAGAGCUCCGGGUUCCCUUCGCCGACGAGUUCCCCAGUCGGCAGGCCCAGCUGGCGGCGCUGCAGAGCACCGAGGAGUUUGACGUCCUGGUGGUCGGAGGAGGAGCCACGGGGGCAGGAUGUGCCUUAGACGCUGUCACACGCAACCUCAAGACUGCUCUCGUGGAGAGAAACGACUUCUCUUCGGGGACGAGCAGUCGGAGCACCAAGCUGAUCCACGGAGGAGUCCGCUACCUCCAGAAGGCCAUCAUGCAGUUAGACUACGAACAGUACAUGAUGGUGAAGGAGGCCCUCCACGAGCGAGCCAACCUCCUGGAGAUCGCACCUCAUCUAUCUGCACCGCUACCCAUAAUGCUUCCUGUCUACAAAUGGUGGCAGUUGCCUUACUACUGGGCGGGGAUCAAGAUGUACGACCUGGUGGCUGGGAUCCAGAAUCUGAAGAGCAGCUACGUACUCAGUAAGACCAAGGCCUUGGAGCACUUUCCCAUGCUGAAGAAGGACAAGCUGGUGGGAGCCAUCGUCUACUACGACGGUCAGCACAACGACGCCCGUAUGAAUCUGGCCAUCGCCCUCAGCUCCGCCCGCUACGGCGCCGCCGUCGCCAACUACACCGAGGUUGUCCACCUGCUGAAGACCAAGGACCCGCAGACCGGACAGGAGAAGGUGUGUGGCGCCCGCUGCAGGGACGUCCUCACAGGAAAGGAGUUUGACGUGAAGGCCAAGUGUGUGAUCAACGCCACCGGACCGUUCACUGACUCCCUGAGGAAGAUGGACAACGAAGAAACCAAAAACAUCUGCCAGCCGAGCGCCGGUGUUCACAUCGUCAUCCCCGGUUACUACAGCCCCGACAACAUGGGUCUGCUCGAUCCGUCCACAAGUGACGGUCGUGUCAUCUUCUUCCUGCCGUGGGAGAAGAUGACGAUCGCCGGGACGACCGACUCCCCCACCAGCGUGACGGCUCACCCCAUCCCGGGGGAGGACGACAUCAACUUCAUCCUGAGGGAGAUCCGCAACUACCUCAGCCCCGACGUGGAAGUGCGGCGAGGAGACGUGUUGGCGGCGUGGAGCGGCAUCCGUCCGCUGGUGACCGACCCCAACUCCAAGGACACUCAGUCCAUCUGCAGGAACCACAUCGUCAGCAUCAGUGACAGCGGACUGGUCACCAUCGCUGGUGGUAAGUGGACGACCUACAGAUCCAUGGCCGAAGAGACUCUGGACGCGGCCGUCAAAACCCACAGCCUGUCUGCAGAGCCCUGCAAGACCGUGGGUCUGAUGCUGGAGGGAGCCAAGGGCUGGACGCCGACCCUCUACAUCCGCCUGGUGCAGGACUACGGACUGGAGAACGAGGUCGCUAAGCAUCUGGCGGCGACGUACGGCGGAAAGGCGUUCGACGUGGCCAAGAUGGCUCAGGUCACCGGGCAAAGAUGGCCGAUCGUUGGGAAAAGACUGGUGUCUGAAUUCCCUUACAUCGAGGGCGAGGUGCUGUAUGCGAUCAAGGAGUACGCCUGCACCGCCACCGACGUCAUCGCCCGGAGAACGCGCCUCGGCUUCUUGAACGUGCAGGCAGCCGACGAAGCCCUCCCACGCAUCGUUCAGAUCAUGGGCAAAGAGCUGAACUGGAGCGAGGAGCACAAGACGGCCGAGCUGGAAGCAGCCAGGAAGUUUUUGUACCUCGAGAUGGGCUACAGGUCUCGCUCCGAACAGCUGACCAAGACGUCUGAGAUCAACCUGGACAACCAGGAAGUAAUGAGGUACAAGAAGCGCUUCCAUAAGUUUGACAAAGAGAGCAAAGGAUUCAUCACAACCGUCGACGUCCAGCAGGUUUUGGAAAGCAUCAAUGUCCAAAUUGAUGAAAAUGCGCUCCAUGAAAUCCUUAAUGAGGUGGACCUCAACAAGAACGGACAAGUGGAAAUUGAUGAGUUCAUGCAGCUGAUGAGCGCGGUGAAGAAGGGUCAAGUGUCGGACAGCCGUCUGGCUAUUCUGAUGAAAACGGCGGAGGAGACUCUGAAUAAACGAGGUCCGGUGACGGUGGACCGGUCCGGGGGCGGAUUCUGAGCAACCGAGGAUGCAAAAAGAAAAAAAAAAUCAGCUAGUGGUCCUUUAAAAGGUGGUGACAACACAAAGGGUCUCAUGCAAAUGGGGCUAUUUGAAUGACAAUAAUCCAAUCAAGCACGUGCCGGGAUGAUUUUUGGCUGAAUCAAGCGUCGCUCCUGAGUGUGUUUGGAGUGAAAUGGUAUCUAAUGAUUGACGCUGAGGUUUGUUUUUGUCCCGAAGAGUCGAUUCCGUCUGUUUUCUCAACAUCUGGUGCCUCUGGUGUUCCACAACACAUCUGUUUUCUACUGUCUUUUAAACUUUGAUAGUGUGAUCAUUGACAUAAUCUUUGUACUCUCUUCAACACUCCUUUUUAAAACUCCAUUUUUUUUAACACUGAUUGUUGAGGAAACAUUGUCCUCAGUGUGAUGCAGCUUUUUUUCAUGUGGCAACUAAUCAUUUUGAUGUGUUUUUAUUUUACGGCUCCAUUAUUCCUUAAAGUUUACUGGAAAGAAAUGUGUGACAUGGUACCAAUUGUAGGCAAAAUAGAGACAUACGUUUAAAUCAUACAACUAAACAUAAAUGUAGAAUAACGUUCCAGCAAUUAAUGACUAAUAUUAAGAUAUUUUCUUGGUUUAAAUGGAUCAAAUUUUACCUCCAAUCAGUAACAAAUCACCAAUUCUUUCCAGGAAACCAAUGAAAUAACAAUGGACCCCUAAAACAAAGCCUUUGCAUUGUUUGGUUUCUGAUUUUCGCAUGUUACAAUUACUCGUAAAGUAAUAUUUAAUGGUUCUUAAAGCACUCUGAGAUGUUUCUGAAGUACUUCUACUCUGAUCUGGUUACAUCUUCUUGUCUACUGUGUGUUUUCCAUUUAUUGCACUACCAGCAAACUACUAAUACUGAGGUUUACAUGAAGAGGUUUCCAGCUUUAGCGUAAUUGAGGAAGAUGCUUUUUAAUCUGUUCUUUCCAUAUAUAUAUAUAGAUAUUUCUAUUAUUUAUUCUUUUUCCUUAAUGUCACUGCAGCCAAUUAUAGACAAAUACUUUUAAAGAGAUUGAAAUAUGUUGCAUGAGAAAAUCCAAGAUUUUUUUUUAUUUGCAUGCUACAUGUUUAUCUAAAUAAUGUAAAGCAAAAUCUUUAUUUUUACAAAGUGCAUUUGAAGUGGACUUUAUUCUUUUAUUUCUCGUGCUUGUGCAGCAGAGAGAAAGUAAAUAAUCCUGCAUGCUGUUAGCGGAUGUUUUCGUUGUUUGUGUCACAAAUAGGACAUUUUUAAUGUCGCAGCAUGUUUUCAUCCGUUUGUGAUCUUUUAGGAAACGAGAAGGCAGAACACUGUGUGAAUGUGUGAUUAUGUGCCUUCAUGUGACUAAAAAGUGACCCAACUCUUUCACAAUGCCACACUCCAUGUUAACAAAUACAGGAAAUGAUGUUAAAGAAUGUAAAGCUAUUUAAAUAAGAGUUGUUCUAUAAAGAACAGUAUUUCAACUGUAUUGUUUGUUUGUUUUUUAGAACAGAGGUAUUGUUAGAAGGGAUGUGACACCAUGUUGGAGGGGUUAUGAACCAGAAUGGAAAUGUAGUUAUUCUGGAUCAGAUGGUUCCAGUUUUAAAUCCACAUUUUUUUUCCAGCUUUAAAGUAUUUUAUUCAGGUAAAGUUUUUGCGAACUUUACAGCAAAGACCUUAAAUAUUUUUUUUCUUAAAUAGUUUUCUCUGAGCUUUUCUCAGUGGUUGGAUAAAAGGUGAUGUCAUGUACUUCUGAGCACCAAUCAGGAUUGAGGAAGUGGGUUACUUGAGUGUUACAGUAUGUUUUUUUUUUUUUUUUUUUAAAAGCUCCAACACCUUCAAAGAAAAUAUAGAAACAAGAAGUUAAUUAUAUUCCCUCCAACAUGGCAGUAAGUCCAUUCGCACUAAUCCUCAUUACAGACCUCCUGUUGAAGGUUUUAUAUUGUAAAGGAAGUGUGUGUGCGCUUCCUUAUUGCCUUUAUAUUAUGCUUUAUAUUCAUCACUAACAGAUUCAUCAACAUGGACUUAUUCUUAUGCAGUAAACAGAGACAUUCCAAAAGGUUUCCUCCCAUGAACCAUCACUGUAACUCUUCUUGAAGUGUGUGUGUGUGUGUGUGUGUGUGUCAGUGUAUGUUCACAUACACAAUCCCUCCACGCAGAGGACCCUUCAAACUGCCAACUGCUCGUCAAGAAUAGCUCGUGGGCAGCACGACUUAAACCCACAAACCCCCGACGUUUGAUUGUCUCCUGUGGAUGAAAUUACAUCUUUAUCAAAGAGAAUCAUGUUCCAUCUACUGUAAGAAAACCGUGAGCCAGUCUGCAGGUUAAAAAAAAUACAAAAAGCAAUUAUCUAAUUAAAUGUAUCUUGU